UGUCACACACAGUUACACAAAGCAGCAACUUUCGAUGAGAGACACUUGUGUGAACCUGCAACAUCGGGUUUCGUUGUUUUUGUUUUUACUGUUUGAGCUGGUCAGUUUGAUUCAUCGGCCCGUCGCAUACUCAGUAAGUGCCGAAUCCUCGUAGGCCGUUGACUAUAGGAUAGCAGUGCAUCGGUCUAAUGACUACUAGUAUGUUGUUGCAGUUGUUUGUAAUUACACUAACCGGCUUCCUGAGAGCAACGGGCGUCCAAGGUCAAUAUUGGUCCAGCUGUAGAACACCCGUCCAAGAACCGGGUUCUUGUGUGCUCGUAGCAGAAUGUAAUUUCAUACGACAGGUUCUUCAGAAACCUAUUCUAGACAAUAAUGAUAUUCGGUACGUCGAAGCAAGCCGUUGUGGGACAUACCAGAAAAAAGCUCUGGUUUGUUGUGCCAAACCUACCGGUUCCCCACCGGGUGCGGUGACGCAGCCAGCCCUAACCAACCGAGCCGAUGCGGAACCAUUAAAUGUGGAUAGAAUUAAUUUACUACCGCGGGCACCGGUCUGUGGAAUCCAGUACAGCGAUCGGAUCGUGGGAGGUGAGCGAACCAAGAUCGACGAAUAUCCGUGGACGGCUCGGAUUCAGCACCACGACAGACGCAGCAAUGAGUAUGGUUUCCAUUGUGGAGGAUCGUUAAUCAACGAACUCUACGUGCUAACGGCGGCUCAUUGCGUUGUGGGCAUUCCCAAGGCUUGGACGGUAUCCGGUGUCCGUCUGGGUGAAUGGGACACAUCCACCGAUCCGGACUGUGACGAUGCCGAUAGCAGCGAUUGCUUUGACCCGGUGCAGGACAUUCGGGUGGAGAAAUCGAUACCGCAUGAAGAUUUUAUCAGCAGCAGGACGGAAGUGCACAACGAUAUUGCCUUGCUGCGGUUAGCAGAGAAAGCCCGUUACUCGGACACUGUAGUGCCAAUCUGUCUACCGAUUGACGCUAGUUUUGCGAGUCGGUCGUAUGAUACUCGAAAAAUGUUCGUUGCCGGAUGGGGUCAAACCGAGGCCGAACGGGGUAGCCGGUAUAAAUUGUUCGUGGCGGUAAGCGGGGUGUCGAUGCAACACUGCCAGGAGCAGUACCCAAACGCGAAGAUUGACGAUCGGCAAAUCUGUGCCGGGGGAGAAGCUGGAAAAGAUUCCUGCAAAGGUGACUCGGGUGGACCACUGAUGGACGUCGAGUAUUCCAAGGGACAGGUCGUCUAUUAUCUUGCCGGAGUGGUCAGCUUCGGGAGACAGUGUGGCAUGCGAGAUGUUCCCGGUGUUUACACGAAUGUCCAUCGAUUUGUCAACUGGGUUUCAAACCAUAUUGAUCCGUGAGAGGGAGAAAUAUAAUUUAUCCUGCAAUACUCAAAAGAAA